CACAGCGCGCCACCCUCUGGCCGACACCGCAGGGCCCCCGCGCUAGCGAGUGUUCUGUGCCCUCGGAGAACACGGGCUGUCCAGACCCUGGCAUCUCUGGCACCGCGCCCUGCAGGCGCGGGCAGGCGUCGCGAGGCAUUGUGGGUAAGCGCUUUAAAAGAUGUCCCCGCGCGCCUAGUUGGCCAGGAGCAGUCCAGUCCGGCUCCUGUCACCGCCAUGUCACUGUCGCUCACCAAGCGCGGUCUGGUGCUGCUGAUGCGCACCGUCGGUUUCUUCAUUGGCCUCGUCGGCUACGUGGCGCGAGCCUUCGACUCCCCCCGGUGCCCCCGCAACUCCCGGAUCGCUCAGCCCACAAGCGAACCCCUGCUGCUGCUUUCUGGGGUGCAGCUGGCCAGACUCAUCCGCCGGAGGAAGGUGAAGUGUAUAGAUGUCAUUAACACAUAUAUUACCCGAAUAAAGGAAGUGAACCCCAUGAUCAAUGCCAUCGUCAAGGAUCGAUUUGAAGCAGCUCAGCAAGAAGCUUUGGAUGUAGAUAGAAGGCUGUUGGAGGAACAAGAAGAUGAAGCAACACUGGAAAAAAAAUGUCCCUUCUUGGGGGUGCCUUUGACUGUCAAGGAAGCUUUUGAAUUGCAUGGGAUGCCCAAUUCCUCCGGCCUGGUGAACCGUCGGAAUGUCAUCUCCCAAACGGAUGCCGCAGUAGUGGCGUUGCUGAAGGAAGCUGGCGCGAUCCCCCUCGGAGUGACCAAUUGCAGCGAGCUUUGCAUGUGGUAUGAGUCUAGCAACAAGGUUUAUGGCAGAACCAACAACCCGUAUGAUGUGCAGUGCAUCGUAGGUGGCAGUUCAGGAGGUGAAGGCUGUGCCCUAGCUGCUGCCUGUUCAGUAAUCGGUGUGGGCUCAGAUAUUGGUGGCAGCAUCCGCAUGCCGGCUUUUUUCAACGGCAUCUUUGGACAUAAACCCACAUCAGGGGUGGUCUCCAAUGAAGGCCAGUUUCCCAUGGCCAUGGGAGCCCAGGAGGAGUUCCAGUGCACCGGCCCCAUGUGUCGCUAUGCUGAGGAUCUGGAACCUAUGCUGAGAGUCAUGGCGGGACCUGGCCUCCAUAAGUUACAGCUGGAUAAAAGGUUUCCAGUCCAAAAAAUAAAAUUCUACUGGAUGGAACAUGAUGGGGGCUCAUUCCUUGUGUCGCGAGUGGACCAAGAAUUGCUUCAGGCCCAGAAGAACGUGGUGAAGCACCUGGAGACUGUGCUAGGUGCCUCAGUUCGGCAUGUAAAACUUAGCCAAAUGAAAUACUCUUACCAGAUCUGGGUCACUGUGAUGUCGGCCAGGAACCAUGAUGGCACGGAAUCAGUGAAGUUCCAGGAACUGCUGGGAGAUCAUGGAAAGCCUGUAUGGCCCCUCUGGGAACUGGUGAAGUGGGUCCUUGGGAUGUCAACACACACCAUCCCUUCUAUUGGUCUGGGCCUGUUGGAAUCAGUUCUCAAACAUGACCCUCAGACCUAUGCCAGGUUUGAAGAAUUAAGGCAAGUCCUUCGGUCUGAGCUUGUAGGCAUGCUGGGAAAUGAUGGGGUCUUCUUAUACCCCUCCCAUCCUCGAGUGGCUCCCAAGCACCACUUCCCUCUGACAAGGCCUUUCAACUUUGCUUACACAGGCAUCUUCAAUGCACUCGGCUUUCCUGUGACCCAGUGCCCACUUGGCCUGAAUAGCAAGGGCCUUCCUCUGGGUAUCCAGGUGGUGGCUGGCCCCUUCAAUGAUCACCUGACUCUGGCCGUGGCUCAGUACCUGGAGAAGAGUUUUGGUGGCUGGGUCUGUCCUGGAAAGGCCUAGAAUUAUCUUUCCAAAAUUCAGAUUUAUCCUAUUUGUGGGUAAACAAAGAGCUAAGAGGGCUAACUAAUAUUCAGCUAAAAAAAAAAAAAAAAGAUCAUGUUAAGCUUUUAGAAAUCAAACUAACAGAAGAAUCAACUUUCACAAGGAUAGAGUCCAACAUCUGGAUUCAAGAAAUCAAUGGCACAAGACAAUGGAUGGGGAAAGCAUGACUAGAUAAGAAUUCAUGUGAAGAAGAGUUGGAGACUUUGUUGGAUUGUAAGCGGGAUCCCCAUUAUUACAACAGUUCACUAACAUCAGUUUUGUUCCUUUUGGAUUCUGUCCUGCUUAAUCUAGAGUUCUUUAUUUCAUUUUGGCAUCACAUUUCAGGCGAGAUGCAAAUGAGCCUAAGUGUGGGGUAUAAAGAAGCAGAAAUUGCCAUAAAAGAGUGAUUGAA